AUAGUUUUUGAAAGAAAACUUGGCAAUUUUUUCAAUAGUCAUUAUACGAUAUCUCGAUAACUGUUUAUUUUUUACUUGAUUUGGUGUCAAGAAUAUGUUGUUGCAAUAUAGUACUCCUACUUUGGUAAACAUUUGUGUACACAUCUCCUUGGAGUUUUCGUGUAUAUAUGUACAAAUGUACAUCGGCAGAUAGAGUUUAAUUAUACGGAUGAUAUCGAAUUUAUGUACAAUAUCUGAGCAAAUUCGCUGCGAAUUCAUUGUCAUACUUGGUUAUAAAGUUUUCACCUGUAGUAAAUAUUUAAGUGCGAAUUAUACAUAUAGGUAUGUGCCACUUAGUCAAAAACGUUACUUUAUAUGCAGAAUUAUCGAUUCAAUACGUAGCUUGACAAUAGAAGUGCAUCCUUUGCUCUUUCGACCUUAGACAGAAUAUUUUUUACAUAAAUCACAUUAUACGAUGUAGAUUUUAUAUAUAUGAGAACAAAUCAUAGUGUCAGUCUAUAUUCGGACGUACGAUUUCAGUAAAGUAAUAUUGCACUGCAAACAAAAUACGACAGUUCUCUUUAGUAGAGUACCGAGGACUUUUUAUCUUCAUAAAAUUGUUGCUGCAAGACAAUUACUCUUUGUUAAUGAUGAGCAAAAUCGGCAUCAAUCCAGCCAACUCGAUCCCGGCGUUUUAUACCGGACAAAGUAUAUUCCUGACGGGUGCUACAGGAUUCGUGGGCAAAGUGUUUAUCGAGAAAGUAUUGCGAUCAUGUCCCGACAUUCGUGAGAUAUUUCUUUUAAUGAGACCGUCGAAUAAAAUAAGCACGGUCGAAAAAUUCGAAAAGAUGCUGCGCUCACCGUUGUUCGACAGACUUCGAGAUGAACGACCUUCUAGCUUCAACAAGCUAAUUCCCAUCCCUGGCGACUCGAGCGAGGAAGGAUUGGGCUUGUCGCCUGCAGACAGGCAAACACUGAUCGAAAGAGUGACUAUAGUAGUCCAUAAUUCCGCAAGUGUUAAAUUUAAUGAUACUAUCAAGUACGCUAUCUUCGUUAAUACUAGGUCCACGAGGGAUAUUUGUGUGUUAGCUGAAAGUAUGAACAAUCUGAAGGCACUGGUGUACGUUAGCACGACGUACGCGCAAACGGAUUGCCAUGUUGUAGAAGAAAAAGUAUAUCCUCCUAAAGCCAAUUGGCGAAAGUUAAUCAAAAUCGUCGAAUCAUUGGAUGACCAUUCACUAAACAUUUUCACAUCUAAGUACAUGGAUAAUGCAGUCAACACGUACGUUUUCUCUAAGAAUUUAGCGGAAGGAGUUAUACAGGAUUAUUCCACGUCAUUGCCUUGUGUAAUAUUGAGGCUGAGCAUGGUGAUGCCAGCGAUUAGCGAACCAUAUCCAGGAUGGACAGAUAGUGUUAACGGACCAGUGGGACUAUUUAUAUUGAAUAGAAAAGGGUUACAGCAUGUAACAUAUUGUGGAAAUGUGUGCCAUGACUGGAUACCUGUUGACGUUGUCGUUAAAUCAUUACUUCAAGUGAUCUGGAAACGUGGUGUGACUACGGUCAUGCCGGAUACUGCACCUUUAGUCUUCAAUUGUUCAAGCAGUAAUGUGCAUACGAUGACACAGCAAACAAACAUGAAAUUAAUAAGCAGUAAUGUAAGAGAGAUUCCCUUUGAAGACAUUGUUUGGACCAGUGAUACUAUUACAUUGUAUAAUCAUAUUGUAUUUUAUAUAUUGUUCACGCUGUGGCAAGUUUUUCCAGCUUUGUUAAUGGAUUUCAUCUUAAAGUGCUUUAAUCGUAAACCAAUGUUCCUAAAGUUCCAAAGAAAAGUAUAUGUGGUCAACUGUGCUAUAAAAUAUUUUUCUUUUAACGAAUGGACGUUCGGCAAUACGAAUACAAUGGCUCUAAACGAGACAGUGCCACCUGAUAAUGAGAAAGAAUUCAAAUUUCACUUAAAAGUGGAUCGAUACGAAUAUCUAAGGUCUGCAUUAUUGAGUGUGAAAAAGUUUGUCUUGAAGGAGGACAUGAGUCAAGCAGGAUUCAAUGCUGCCAAAGCGCACACCAGAAGAAUACACUUGCUUGUUGCGGCAUUCAAAACUUGCGUUAUUGUGGGCACACUGUGGGCGAUUUAUCACCGGAAAAUUUACUCAUUUUUUUUAUUGUUUCAUUUAAUUUACUCCUUCAAUUUAAUUAUGUCAUAAGAUCUUUGUAAUAAUACACACCUUAUUUAUAAUAAUAUGCGUUAACAUGUGAAUUUGAUUAUUGAAAACGAUAUAAGAAUUAAAUUGAAUUUUUGCGUAACUACAUUUCUACAAAGAUUUUGUUUGUUUUA